AUGGACAUUCAGAGUCCAUCUUCUUGGACAUGGUCCAACAAACAAAGGCAAUCGCAUCGUUCGGUGAAGAGUUUCACAGACGCGAUUGUGGCAUGUGGUCGCCGUGGCCGUUGGGACAGUGUGAAAGUAUUGCUUCGAGAACUCAAACAUGCAUCACUCCGCACAGAUAUCGUGAUUUAUAGCGCUAGCAUUAGUGCAGCUGCACAGGCAUGGAAAUGGCAACAUGCCGUCACACACUUGCAAGAGCUUGAAAAUGGAGGUUUGCAAACAGAUGUGAUUGCUUGCAGUGCAGUGAUCAACGCUUGUGAACGAGUUGGUCUUUGGGCAGGAGCAGUGCUUCUGGUAAGCUCGAUGCGUGAGAGGAGAAUCGAACCAAAUGCUGUAACUUGCAACGCUGCUCUCAGUGCUUGUGAGAAAGGUUUUUGCUGGGUUGCUGCAACUUCUCUCCUGCAGUCCAUGACGCAGGCCACGUCAAACCCUGACCUCGUGACGUACAGUGCUUUGGCAAGCUCUUUGGAGUCCAGAGGUCAUUGGCAGCUGGCAGCCCAAUCUUCCACAAUGCUGAGACGAAGGGGUCUGAAGACAGAUGUUGUUUAUUGCAACGCGGUUAUCAGCUCAAUGGAAAAAGGUUGCCAGUGGCAGAUAUCCAGUGAUAUUCUCGAGACAAUGUGCCAAGACAAUCAGCAUGUGAGCAGCAUCACGCUGAACUCAGUCAUGAGCUCCUACGAGAAGGGUCUUCGGUGGAGAGAGACUUAUGCAAUGCUUUGCAUGAGACGAUCGUCGGCAGGAGGAGCAAUGACAAGGAGACUUGACCAUUUUGCGUACAACAGCAUGAUGAGCGCAUGUGAGAGAUGCAGCCUUUGGGAGGAAUCUCUCGAUACAUUGUCCAUGGGUGCGACAGCUGGAGAUCCUGUGGACAGUGACGUGGUGAGCUUUACCUCCGCCAUUGGUGCUGUGCAAUGGCCAGUGGCCAUUGAGCUGAUGAUCUCCAUGGAAGAAAAAGGUAUUUUGGCCAACGUGGUGGCUUUUAGCUCUGUCAUCAAUUCCUGUGGCGACGCCGACGUCUCCAACGUCUCCGACGUCGACGUCCCGGUGGUGUGGCCCGUGGCGCCCGAGGUGUGGCCGAUGGCGUUGCGGGUUUUGGAGCUGAUGGCGAAGGCCAAAGUCACUCCCAACGAUGUCAGUUGCAAUAGCGCCAUCAUUGCAUGUGGUCGUGGCGGCCAAUGGGAAGUUGCCCUGUGUUUACUUUCGACGAUGCUUUCACGUCUCUGUGCAGUUGAUCUCUACACAGGAUAUUCUACGGUAUGGGCGUGUGAGACUGCUGGCGAGUGGGAAGUGGCGCUGAAAGUCCUGAAACUGAUUCCGGAGACACGGGCAAAGCCUAACGUCUUCGGAUGUGCUUCUGAUGUGAACAUUUGCUAUCGCCAGGGACGCUGGCAGUUGGGUCUCCACUUGAUCAACAUUUUGUCCGAGGUUGCUAUGCUUCGAAUUUGACCUGGCAAAAAGUUCACACCAAGCCGAUCGUUCCUCGAAGCGAUACAUCUCCGACCGCAGAAUGCACUGUAACAUAACCAUGAAUCGUCGGGGCGAUUUCCUGGAGAUAUCUGAUGAUGACGGCCAACUCAAGAGAGUUCUCAGGGAGACUGGUGACAGAGUGCCAGUCAAGAAGUUAUUUAUCAAACUAUCUGAUGUUUGCUCUGUGGCAUUAAAGCGGACGAGAAUGACAUCAUGUUUACCCUGGAAAAUGGUGUGGAGUACCUGCUAGAUGGCUUGGAGGAUCCUGAAGCCACCUAUUCUCAGUUUGUGGAUUUCGUUGCUGAUGGGUGAAAUCCCACUGCCUUUAGCCCAUAGAGUCAUAGAGUUUGACAGAGACUUCGUCGCCUAGACAUCGCAGAAAUGACGGGGUCUAGAAUCAUGGACCAUGUUGGACCGAACGACUAUUCCAUAGUGCGAGACUUGGAGAACCUGGAGAAACCAAAAAAAAAGAU